AUGCGAAACAUGUAUGCAAAUUAAAUUAGAUAAACCCUUAAAUAAUCUUUAUUUAUAGGUAAAAAACAUUAAUUUCAAUCUAAUGAGAAUAUACAAAUAAAUGAAUUACCAUCAAUAACAUUAUAUAAAAAUUUUGAUGAGAUUUAUUGUUACAAGAAUAAGAAUCUUGGUAAUGGAAUUAAGUAUAAUAGGUUAGGGAGCACAUGGGAUUGUUAAAAUAUGUUAUAACAAAUUAGAAGGAAAUGCAAUACAAUAUGCAGUAAAAGUAUUUCGCUCUGGUGAUCCUGAAAUUAUUAGUACAAUUAAAAAAACCUUUAAAAUCAAUAGACAACUUAAUGAUCUCCAAUGUGUAAUCAAAGCUAUUGAUUUAUUUAUCAAUGUCACCAAAGAAGAAAUACAUCUUGUUAUGGAAUUAUGUCCAUAUCCUUCUCUAGAUAAACUCCUUUAAUAAAAAAAAUAAUUAACUAUCAGAUAGCAACAAUUACUUAUUUUAGAACUUGCUAAAGCUAUAGAUAAAAUUCAUAACAAAUGUGUUUGUCAUAGAGAUCUCAAACCAGAUAAUAUCUUGGUGUAACUAACAGAUGAUGAUGCAAAAAUUAAAAUAAUAGAUUUUGGAGUCUCAAAAAAAUUUAUAACUAAAACCAGAAAUUCUACAUAGAAUAUAGAAAUGUGGACAAGAACUGGCUCAUUAUUUUAUUAGGCACCUGAAAUCUUUGCAGGAGGAGGAUAUAAUUAAAAAGGUAAGUGUAAAUACUUAUUUAGUUGAUAUAUGGUCUAUUGGUGUUAUUGUGUAUUAAUUAUUUUGUUAAUAAUUGCCAUUUUAAAAUGAUCAAAUAAUAGAUACAAUUGAAUUGAUAUGUGAUCCUAAUUAUAAUGUAGAGAAUACUGUAUAAUUUGAAUCUUUAGACUUAUUGUAAUAGGAUUUAUUAAAAAGAUUAUUAAGAAAAGAACCAGAAAAAAGAUUAUCAUCAACAGGUUUGUAAUAAUAUUAAUUAUUAGAAUUCAUUUUACAUCCUUGGUUACAUCCAGAUAAUUAAGAAUAAAAUUAAAACCAAUUUUGUUUUUCAUUGAAUCCAGAUAAAUUAUAGAAUUUAUCAACAUCAGAAUAAUUAAUAGGAGUUGAAUAGAUUGAUUAAAAUAUGGUACUUACUAAAGAACCCUAUUGUGCAAGUACUAUUUUAAGAGUAGAAGAACAUAAAGAAAAAAUAGAUAAAUUGGAUGAAAUAGGUAAUCAUAUAUAUUUUUACUCUUCAUCUAAAUAAUUAAAUCAAGAACCAGAAAUCAAGGGAUAAAAUGAAAAAUAGACAAGUGUUACUUAAAUAGAAGAUGUCAAAGAUGAAAUGAUACAAGGGAAUCAAAAGUCUUUAGAUGAAGAUAUUGAAUUAAAUAAUUACAAAACUGUUGGUUCCUUUAUAUUGAAUUGA